CUGAAUCAUUUUAUCCAUCAUCAUACCCAGAAUGCAAAGUGAGAGACAGCGAAACCUCGGCAGCCUGGAGCCUGUUGGGUUAUCAUGGCGAUAAGAGGCACGUCUUCCCCCUGAGUCUCCGUGGCAACAAACGCUUUGCUUUCCCGCUACAUGAAAACACACGCUGAGCCCCGAGCAGCGCGGAGACCUGCCGGACUUUCAGCCCAGAUUGGAGGAAGGACAUAGCGAGUGACCGUCAUGGCAGCGUCGGAGGAGCUGUACACAAAGUCUGCUCGGGUUUGGAUCCCUGAUGCAGAGGAGGUGUGGAAGUCUGCUGAGCUCACCAAGGACUACAAAAGUGGAGAUGUCUCCCUGCAGCUCAUGCUGGAAGAUGGAAAGAACAUUGAGCACAAGCUGGACCCUAAGACAAGAAACCUGCCUUACCUGCGAAAUCCUGACAUUUUGGUGGGCGAGAAUGACCUCACAGCGCUCAGCUACCUCCACGAGCCAGCAGUGCUGCACAACCUCAAAGUCCGCUUCAUCGACUCGAAGCUUAUCUACACUUACUGCGGAAUCGUACUUGUGGCCAUCAACCCGUACGAGACGCUGCCCAUCUAUGGAACGGAUAUCAUCAACGCCUACAGCGGUCAGAACAUGGGCGACAUGGACCCACAUAUCUUCGCUGUAGCAGAGGAAGCUUACAAGCAGAUGGCCAGGGAUGAGAGGAACCAGUCGAUUAUUGUAAGCGGGGAGUCUGGUGCAGGAAAGACGGUGUCAGCCAAAUACGCCAUGAGAUACUUUGCUACGGUCAGCGGCUCAGCCAGUGAGGCCAACGUAGAGGAGAAAGUCUUGGCUUCCAACCCCAUCAUGGAGGCCAUCGGAAAUGCAAAGACCACCAGAAAUGACAACAGCAGUCGCUUUGGGAAAUACAUCGAGAUCGGCUUUGACAACCGUUACCGUAUCAUCGGUGCCAACAUGAGAACAUAUCUGCUGGAGAAAUCGCGAGUGGUAUUUCAGGCGGACGAGGAGAGAAAUUAUCAUAUCUUCUAUCAGCUUUGUGCAUCUGCCCAUCUGCCUGAGUUCAAGGCUCUGAAGCUGAGCAGUGCAAAUGACUUCCUGUACACGAGGCAAGGCCGCAGCCCCGUUAUCGACGGAGUGGAUGACACCAAGGAGCUUUGCACCACACGCAAUGCCUUUUCCUUGCUGGGUAUUAAUGAGUCCUAUCAGAUGGGUUUGUUCCAGGUUUUGGCUGCCAUUCUUCAUCUGGGAAAUGUGGAGAUUAAGGACAGAGACGCAGACAGCAGUGUUAUUCCUCCCAACAAUCGUCACCUGAUGGCGUUUUGCGAGCUGGUGGGCGUGACCUACCAGGAUAUGUCCCAGUGGCUGUGCCACAGGAAGCUGAAGACGGCCACAGAGACGUAUAUCAAGCCGCUCCCUCGUCUGCAGGCCACGAAUGCCCGUGAUGCCCUGUCCAAACAUAUCUACGCCAAGCUCUUCAACUGGAUUGUGGAGCACGUCAACAAGGCUCUGGUGACAAAUGUUAAACAGCACUCCUUCAUCGGAGUCCUCGACAUCUACGGGUUUGAGACAUUUGAAAUCAACAGCUUUGAGCAGUUCUGUAUCAACUACGCUAACGAGAAGCUGCAGCAACAGUUCAACAUGCAUGUGUUCAAACUGGAGCAGGAGGAGUACAUGAAGGAGCAGAUCCCCUGGACUCUGAUCGACUUCUAUGACAAUCAGCCGUGCAUCAACCUCAUAGAAGCUAAGAUGGGCGUCCUGGACCUGUUGGACGAGGAGUGCAGGAUGCCUAAAGGUUCGGAUGACUCAUGGGCUCAAAAGCUGUACAACACCCACCUAAAGACUUGUUCCCUGUUUGAGAAGCCUCGCAUGUCCAACCGCGCCUUCAUCAUCCAGCAUUUUGCAGACAAGGUGGAGUACCAGUGUGAGGGUUUCCUGGAAAAGAACAAGGACACGGUGAAUGAAGAGCAAAUCAAUGUGAUGAAAGCCAGCAAGAAGUUUGACCUGCUGGUGGAGCUGUUCCAGGACGAGGAGAAGGCAACCAGCCCCACUGGUCAUGUCCAGGGAACCGGGGGCCGCACCCGUCUCAGCAUCAAACCCGACAAGAGCCGGGACACGAGCAGCAAAGAGCACAAGAAGACUGUCGGCUGUCAGUUUCGUAACUCUCUACAAAUGCUGAUGGACACGUUGAACGCAACCACUCCUCACUACGUACGCUGUAUCAAACCCAAUGACUUCAAGUUGGCCUUCUCGUUUGAUCCCAAACGUGCGGUGCAGCAGCUCAGAGCCUGCGGCGUCCUGGAAACCAUCCGCAUCUCUGCUGCAGGCUUCCCAUCGAGAUGGACGUAUCAGGAGUUCUUCAGCCGUUACCGAGUGCUGAUGAAGCAGAAGGACGUCCUCGCUGACAAAAAGUUGACCUGCAAGAACGUUCUGGAGAAAUUAGUGCAGGACCAGGAUAAAUAUCAGUUUGGUAAGACUAAGAUCUUCUUCAGAGCCGGCCAGGUGGCUUACUUGGAGAAGCUGAGGGCAGACAAGCUGCGUGCCGCCUGUAUCCGCAUCCAAAAAACCAUCCGCUGCUGGUUGGCACGCAAGAAGUACCUGCGCAAGCGCAGUGCCGCCAUUACCAUCCAAAGGUUCACCAGAGGAUACCAGGCCCGCUGCCUGGCCAAGUUCUUGCGCCGCACUCAGGCAGCCACUAUCAUCCAGAAGUACCAGAGGAUGUAUGUGGAGAGGAAACGCUACAAGCAGAAGCAGGCAGCCGCUCUGGCCAUGCAAACCAUCCUCAGAGCUUACAUGGCCCGGCAGAAGUAUCAGGCGCUGUUGCGGGAGCACAAGGCGGUAAUCAUUCAGAAGCACGUUCGUGGCUGGUUGGCCCGGUGCUGGUACAAGCGUUGCCUGGAAGCCAUCGUCUACCUGCAGUGCUGCAUCCGCAGGAUGAGGGCCAAGCGUGAGCUGAAGAAGCUGAAGAUUGAGGCUCGCUCAGUCGAACACUUUAAGAAACUCAACAAAGGCAUGGAGAACAAGAUCAUGCAGCUGCAGAGGAAGAUCGACGAGCAGAGCAAGGAAAACCGGUUGGUCAACGAGAGGCUAGUCAGCCUGGAGAGUUCCUACACAGUGGAGAGCGAGCGAAUGCGCGGCGAGCUGAGCCGGCUACGCGGGGUGGAGGAAGAUGCCAAGAACAAAGCCAACCAGGUGUCAUCUCUGCUGGAGGAGCUGGAGAGGCUGAAGAAGGAGCUGAGUGCCACGCAGCAGGAGAAGAAGACCAUCGAGGACUGGGCGCAAAGCUACAGGGACGAAAUGGAGAAAAUGGUGGCAGAGCUGAAGGAUCAGAACGGGCUGCUGAAGAAAGAGAAGGACGACUUGAAUCGGUUGAUUCAGGAACAGAGUCAGCAGAUGACAGAGAAAAUGACUCGUGCGAUAGCAGAGGAGACUCAACAGCUGGAGACCGACCUGAACGAGGAGCGUUCUCGCUACCAGAAUCUCCUGAGCGAACACCUUCGCCUCGAGGAGAAAUACGACGACCUCAAGGAGGAGAUGGCUCUUUCUUCGAACGUCUCGAAGCCUGGCCACAGGAGAACAGAUUCUACCCACAGCAGCAACGAAUCAGAGUACACGUACAACUCCGAGUACGCCGAGUUGGAAGACGGUACCCGUGGCCGCGAAGAUGUGACACGAGGAAUCGACACCUCGCUAACUCUCAAGCUGCAGAAACGUGUCACAGAGCUGGAGCAAGACAAGCAGUUGCUGCGCAACGAACUGGAAAACAGAGAGGAGCAGCUGCAGCGGGCUAGUGCCAUGGCUCGUGGGGCUGAGCUGGAGUACGAGUCCCUGAAGCGUCAGGAGCUCGAGUCAGAGAACAAGAAGCUGAAACAUAACCUAGAAGAGAUGAGGAAAAGUCUGCUCGGUAAUGCUGCUACAGGUGCCGGUGCUCCGGGCUCGCCAGCUUACAAGGUGCUCCUGGAACAGCUCAGCGCCUCCUGUGAGGAGCUGGAGGUCCGCAAGGAGGAGGUGCUGAUUCUGCGUUCCCAGCUGGUCAGUCAGAAGGAGGCCAUGCACCACAAGGAUGAGAAGGAGACCAUGACGGAGCCUUCAGUGUAUAAAGAUGACGUGUCCAAACUGAAGGAUGACGAAGUCAAGCAAGCUUACGUAGGCCUCAAAGACACCAACAGAUCUGCUGCUCCAGACUUACGUAAGCUGAAUGAGGACGGAGAGCUGUGGCUGGUUAAUCAGGGCUUGAAGGAGACCAUCAGGCUACUGGAGCACCAGCUGCAGACUCAGCGGAGGACUUACGAUAAUGAGGUGGAGUCGUUGCGCAGCGAGCUGCAGAACGUCAAGGAGGAGAACAACCGGCAGCAGCAGCUCUUAGCCCAAAAUCUGCAGCUGCCUCCAGAGGCCAGAAUCGAAGCCAGUCUGCAACACGAGAUCACCCGGCUCACCAACGAGAACCUGGAUCUGAUGGAGCAGCUAGAGAAGCAGGACAGAACAAUCCGAAAGCUCAAGAAGCAGCUGAAGGUUUACUCAAAGAGGAUUGGAGAGAUGGGAGCCGGUCAAACCGAAGGCCAGACAUCUCCGGGACAGAUGGUGGAUGAGCCGAUCCACCCUGUCAACAUUCCUCGCAGGGAGAAAGACUUCCAGGGAAUGCUAGAGUACAAGAAGGAGGAUGAAAUGAAACUGGUUAAGAACCUCAUCCUGGAACUAAAACCUCGUGGGGUAGCAGUGAAUCUGAUCCCAGGUCUGCCAGCCUACAUCCUGUUCAUGUGUCUGAGACAUGCAGACUACGUCAACGAUGACCAGAAGGUCCGCACUCUGCUCACGUCAACCAUCAACAGCAUUAAAAAGAUCUUAAAGAAACGAGGAGAUGAUUUUGAGACCGUCUCUUUCUGGCUGGCCAACACCUGCCGCUUCCUGCACUGUUUGAAACAGUACAGCGGAGACGAGCAAUUCAUGAAGCACAACACGUCGAGGCAGAACGAGCACUGUCUGUCCAACUUUGACCUCGCAGAGUACAGACAAGUGAUCAGCGACCUGGCCAUCCAGAUCUACCAGCAGCUGAUCAAAUGCAUGGAGAACAUCCUCCAGCCCAUGAUAGUCUCUGGCAUGUUGGAGCACGAGACCAUUCAGGGUGUGUCCGGGGUUAAGCCCACGGGCCUGCGUAAACGGACGUCAAGCAUUGCCGACGAGGGCACCUACACCCUGGACUCCAUCCUGCGACAGCUCAGCGCCUUCCACUCCACCAUGUGCCAGCACGGCACCGACCCUGAGCUCAUCAAGCAGGUGGUGAAGCAGCAGUUUUAUAUCAUCGGCGCUGUCACACUCAACAACCUGCUGCUACGCAAAGACAUGUGCUCCUGGAGCAAAGGCAUGCAGAUCAGGUACAACGUGAGUCAGCUGGAGGAGUGGCUCAGAGACAAAGGUCUGAUGACCUGCGGAGCCAAAGAGACGCUGGAGCCUCUGAUCCAGGCCGCUCAGCUGCUGCAGGUGAAGAAGAAGACUGACGAGGAUGCAGAGGCCAUCUGCUCCAUGUGCCACGCUCUCACCACUGCUCAGAUCGUAAAAGUCCUGAACCUCUACACCCCCGUCAACGAGUUUGAGGAAAGAGUGUCAGUUGCAUUCAUACGAACCAUACAGACUCGCUUGCGGGACCGCUGUGAGAGUCCCCAGCUGUUGAUGGACACGAAGAUGAUCUAUCCCGUCACCUUCCCGUUUAACCCUUCUUGCCUCGCACUGGAAACCAUCCAGAUCCCCAGCUCGCUCAACUUGGGCUUCCUCACCCGUGUCUAAUCCGAGCCCACGAGAGCACUCUGAGCCCUGCGGCGAUGUUGUCUUAGUGGCCACAGUCGGAUUUGCAAGUCACCGUCUCCCCCGAAAAAUUUAGAACACCACGAACACUCGCAAAUUUCACUCAAGUUAACACGAUUUGAAGUCACGUUUAAAUAAACAGGUGAAAAGUUUCAGCAGUUUCUCUAGUUUAAACUCGGACAUGCACGCACAUACAUGAAAAAUGCAGACACGUCACAUCUGUAAAGUAGUUUCAUCCUCCGAACGUACAGACGCACACUCGCCUUCUCUCUUUCACGAACGCACAGAUACGCACACACGUGGUCAUUUCCGCUGGUUUAAAUCUGGCCGUAAGCCCCGAGCAUCAUCCGCUGCUUGUACAAAACGCCUGCCUCUUAGAGAAGCCACAGGACCAGAUCAAUGCCUCCAGUACUCUCCAUCGAUCCUUCAUCUGCGUUUCCAGUAAUCAUUAAGAUAGUUGUUGUUGUUGUCGUCUCGAUACACGAGUUAUAAUUUGUCAGUCUAGCAGUCUGCCCUCAUGUUGGGUGAAUUCUGAGCUCCUGUGUGAGGGCUGCUGAAUGAUGAGGUGAAAAAGUCAGCGCUCUCUCCACCCCGUGUUGAGGUGACCACUGAGCAGGUUUCACUUUGUACGUUUUAUUCUCUGAACACGUCAAGCCAAGACAAAAUUCAUCAUCUGUACUAUAUUAUUUAUACAUAAAUAAAUAUAUAUAUAAAUAUAAAUAAUAUAUAUCCUGUAUUUUAUUUAUUGCACUUAUAGCUACAUCCCUUUUUAAGAUUAGAAGCUUCCCCCUUGCAGCGAAUGUGUCCGAAGUGAAGGAUGGGACCACUCUUUCCCACGGCAAACAGCUUCUUAGAGACAGUUUAAGUUUUAGUUGCUUCCUUGGCUGUUAUGUCAAUAUCAGGUAAAUAUGUAGUAUCUUUAAUGAGUGCCGGCACAGAUAAUUAUUUGUUAGGUCGCGUCUUAAACCUUGAGAUGUUUUUUUGUCAUGUUUAGCCUGCAUGUCUGGCAUAUGAAGUGUAGCACAGGUUUUAUAGACGACAGAUUGAGAAGGUUCGAGGUUCAAACUCUGCAAAGGGUUUAACCUGCGACAGUCUGCACCGUUUACAGCUGUGACCAAAGCCGAGCGUCACAGGAAACACUGGCAUGAACACAUACUGUAUGAGUACCAACCUUACACUCUGCUUACUGUUUUUUUUUUUCUUGUCUUCUGGCUCACAGCCAUAAAAAUGUUUUACUGUUGUCAUUGUGCGAUUAUUUAUUUUUUUCAGUAUUGUCAUUUUCUUAAGAUAAUCUAAAGCCAUGUAUUACUGAGCAGAAUAGAUGGAAAAGGCUCUAUGAAGUUUAAUGCAAAUCUGUUGAGCUUUACAUUCCCUCUGCUGCAUCCUCUCACUAACACAGCUCUGUUCGACUCCUCUUACAUCUCCUACCCGUCCACCUUCACUCAGCAUGUCCCAACGUGGGCUUUUAUUACCAGAAAAACAAUGUGUUCAUUUAUUCCUCUUCUCAGUUUCACAGCUGGGUUAAGGGUGACAAAGAAGUUUUGUUUUUUGUCUUUCUGUUGUAGGUGCACAUGUUCUUUCAGCUCAGAUUGUUUGCUUGCAUGCACCGCUACUCCUGCUGCCCCCACUUAAACUGCAUGGGUUUGGCAAAAUCCAAGUGCAUGUUUUUGAUUUUAAAGAAGAGAAACCCGGGCACAGGUGAAGUGUCGGACGAUUGUCUGGUAAUCUGCCCAUGUUGUGAUUGAAGUAGUUUUCACACAUGCAUCUGCUGGAUUUGUGAGAAGAGUUGCAUGAGAUAUUUAAUAUAUUUAACCUGCCAGCUCACGUUAAAAAAAAAAGUGCAGCUAAUUAUGGAGCUGAAUGGGUAUCAUGUCCAGCCUCCUACAUUACCCAGGUGGCACCCUCACCUAAACAAAAUCCCCUUUUCCCACUUAUGUGGGCAGCAGUACUGGAACCAGUGCUGAUGUGAAAACAGUUCCGAGAAUAAGCUCACAUUUCAGCAGGUGUGAGAAACCGUUAUUAUGCAGUGUUACCAGCAGAUUUUGGGUCAUUUCCAUGUGAAGAACUCAGGCCAGUCAUUGGUCAGUUUCUUGUGAUAGUCCCUCCUAUAUUCACUGACAUCACUGGUCAGGGUUAGGCACAAGUGCUUUUUGAGAAAAUGUAUAAAACCAGUUUAGACUGGGUACAGUGGAAAAGAAGUAAAAGGAUGCACUGACCGGAUUCACCAGCCAUUAUUCAGAGUUUGUGUGUGAAAACAGCUUUUCCUCCAUUUGCUGCCUCUUCUUUUGGCACUUCUAGUUUACUUCCUGUUGUGCCAUUAGUAUUAAGCUGCCUCUCGCCUUGAUGUGAACCUUAUUUUGCCCAGUGACCUUACCCUUUCAAAAACCACAUUUCACUUUGAUGGAAUAUUUUCUCCUAACACACGUGAACUGGAUUCUGCAGUUUUGAUUUUAAUUUCUCGAACCUUUUCAAGGAUGUAAAAUUUACACGCAGAGGGGAAAAAAACUAUUAAGUUGAAGUACGAAUGCCAAACUCUAAUUUUAAGUGGAGUAAUUAUGUAAAGCUAUUUUGUGUUGCACUUUCCUGGGACCAUGUUUUUGUUAUAUUGGUUGGAUUUGUAGCUGGUUUAAUGUAUGUCGCGUGCAAAGAGAACAUAUCUUGUAGGCGUAAGAAAGACGGUUAAUGAAGGAAUUAAUCAACUAUAUGAAUGUUUAAAAACAUUGAAGCGUAUCAUGAUUUUUAGCUGCACAUUGUAGACCAAGCCUUAUCUGAAUCACUUGCUAUCUGAAUGACUUACACACAUGAUCAACGAACAUUGUGGCAUUGUUUUGUUCUGUCAGUGCAGUUUUUUUUCUUUCACUGUAAAAUGAAUAUAAAUGUGUGUUUUAUUUUGAUUGCAUGUCAUUUGGUCCUGCAGUUGGUGUCACAGACAUCAAAAUGAACUUUUUUCAACACUGCAGAGGAAAUCUGAUAGACGAUAGAUGGGUAUGGACUGGAAAAAGAAAUCCAUCAAACUUCCCCGUUCUUUUCAUACAAAUGCAGCCUGUUGAGCUUCCUCUAGCUAAUGUCCUGACUGACUGAACAUCUCUUUGUUAACACUACAAGUUGAUGUGUGGCGCAGGUGUCAGAGAUGAAGUCAGUGGACACUGCAAAGGAUUAGCUAGUUUCAGAGGAAAAACAAAAAGCAUCUUCAUUCAUUCAUUCAGUGUUUUGUGUUACUUUCUUAGUUGAGCAGAGCUGCUGCAGCAUCUUGUUCCCCUGGGCUUCUCUUGGGCUCUCAAACAGGAGAAAUAUGUCAUUCAUUCACUCUGCAUUUCCAUACUAAAGAGAGAAUCGGCUGUAUGAUAUGACUCAGACAUUAUAAAUUACCAUUGUUCUCAUCAGCACUAGCAUAAAUUGUGCCGUUUUAAAGAAAUGUUCAAAACUAACUUAAAAAGAGAUACAUCCCCUCCCCAGCUCUUGCGGUACUGGUGUGAACAUGCUGAAGCCGGUACCAGAUGUUUCCUCUCCGAUCCCAUGUGUACAUUUGGAAAAACUGGACUGUUUGUAGUUUCUGGUAGCUGUGCUUAGUGAAUGUGUUCACUGUUAAGAAACUUGGAAUAAAUUGUCAAAUCUGUAAAAGUAAAAUAAAAGAAUUCAGCACUG